GGCGACAUUAAGCCACCGGAGUCAACGACGUAGUUUCGAAGAAAACCACGCGUAACCUCCUGAUUGGCCCAUCAAGAAACCCUCCAUCCCGUGCUACCUGCUGCAACCUAAUCCUCUGCACACCGUAAAUUGCCCCACCUAAAGGUCGUUCUCUGUUCAAGACCGCCUAUUUAUCCCCGUUGGAUUUUGGUGAUGGGAACCAUAUCUUGUGUUACUCCGACGAGACUUCAUUGCUGUACUACUAAGAAUAAGAAUCCUGUUGGGAAUUUCUCAAAAUUUGCCAAGAACUCGAUUUUCAAGAUACCCAUUUUCAAGAACUUCAAUUUUACGUUCUCGUCAUCAUCAAUGGCUACUUCUUCCCUUCAAGUCUCAGCCUUUUCAACCAUUGGUGCGAGGAACGAGGAAGGGGAAGCUACGGCGUCAUCUGGGGUCGUGGGGGAGAACGAUUUGCUGAUUGUGGGACCAGGUGUUCUUGGUCGUUUAGUCGCUGAGAAAUGGAGGGAGGAACAUCCAGGAUGUCAAAUUUAUGGGCAGACUGUGACAACGGAUCACCACGAUGAGUUGAUCAAAAUGGGUAUUAAUCCAUCUUUAAAGGGGAGUAAAGCUCAACAAUUUCCAUAUGUGAUCUUUUGUGCACCUCCAUCGCAGACCUCAGAUUACCCUGGUGAUGUUAGGAUGGCUGCACUGAGCUGGAAUGGUGAAGGAGCUUUCUUGUUCACAUCAAGCUCAGCACCAUAUGAUUGUAGUGACAAUGGACCAUGUGAUGAGGACACUCCAGUUGUGCCAAUUGGUAGGAGCCCUAGAACGGAUGUCCUUCUUAAGGCUGAACAAGUGGUGCUGGAGUUUGGUGGCUGUGUUGUUAGAUUGGCAGGACUUUACAUAUCCUUUCCGAAACGUAAGUUUCUAUGAUAAAUGUGUACAAUUGUACAUGGUAGAGAAAAGGGGAAAAAAAAAAGGACUGUCUGGUGUUUAUUUAUAUUGCAAUCUCAAUAACCUUAACUUUCUACACAAAGAAGAUAGGGGUGCUCAUACUUAUUGGUUAGAGAAGGGGACUUUAAAUGUUCGGCCUGAUCACAUUCUGAAUCUUAUACACUAUGAGGAUGCAGCAUCCAUAUCAGUUACUAUUUUGAAGAAGAAGCUGCGUGGGCAGAUUUUCUUGGGUUGUGACAACCACCCUUUGUCAAGGUUAUCAUCUUUAACCUGGGGAUAAAUAAUGAUUCACAUAUCCAGAUCUUUUCUUGCUAUACUAACAACAUUUUAAUUUUGGACACUGCUAAUUGCACUUCCACAACAUUUUUCUCGUGUUCAUAUCCACACAUCAAUACAUCUUGGUGCAUUAAGAACCUAAAAAAUCAAAUUCAUUCUGAGACCAGAUCCAAGCAAGUGACCAAAGGAAUGGGACUGGGAAAUUAGAUGGGGAAAUGCAAUAAUUGUUAUCCUUCAACCUUUUAGGGCAUCCUUGGUUUUCAAUAUAAGCUGUCUUGAUGC